AAGCCCAUAACGAACAAAAUUGCACCAUCGACGCUUAUUCCUUUCUGUCCAGACUUAAGAGUUCAGACCACCUCACAGACACCAUUUAAAGGCCAAUAAUUCUUCCUCCUCCCCUCGCACAGCACAAGGCACUGAGUAAAGGAAUCCAUGGCUACCAAGAUCUCUGCUUCUGCUAUAGCUCUGGUCUUCUUCACUCUCCUCUGCUCGGCAGCAUUUUCUAGUGCUUGUGUCCCAUGCAAUCCCAAGCCCAAUCCCUCUCCCAAGUUCCCACCAAAUCUCCCUCCAAAGAGUCCCCCUGCAAACCCUUUCUGCCCCAGGGAUACGCUGAAGCUCGGUGCCUGCUCUGAGCUGCUCGGGGGCUUAGUUAACCAUGUGGCCGGCACCCCACCUUCAAGCAAGUGCUGCACAUUGCUCGACGGCCUGGUCGACGCUGAAGCAGCGGCCUGCAUCUGCACUGUCAUCAAGGAGAAUGCCUUCGGUAUCAAGUUGGAAUGGUCUGUCGCUUUUAGUAUGCUGGUUAGCGCGUGUAAGAAGUCGAUUCCCCCUGGUUUCAAGUGUGUCUGAGAGGUUGGUUUUCAGUUCAACAUCUGUGUCUCUGUCAUGGGUUCAUGUCUUUGUACAUCGUUGUGAUGACGAUUUCCGGUUGGGAAGGUGGUGCCGUGAUUGUUAACCCGCUCUGGUUUAUCAGUUUCUCAUUCUGUUUGUCUUGUUUAUCCAAAUAAGUAGCUGCCUUCCCUUUGAAUUGUUAGCAUUUAUAUAUAUUCUAAAUAUUGAGCGUCUACUCGUUUGUGGUAGUUCAACCA